UUCUCGUCUCUUCCUCAGAAUACUAUGAUGCCGGAGAAGACUUUGGAUGUCGAAGCUGGGGGCACGUCGCCCCCUCCACUGCCCCCUCACCAGAUGAAUGGGUGCACCACCAUACCCUGCCUGCCUACCUCAGGUGGGUAUGGGCAGUGCGGUGCCCCUCGAGGACACGGGCGUAUCCAAGAUGAGAGCUUCGACACGCAAGAUAGCAGGGAUAGCAGAAGACCAGACGAAAUAGGUGUUACCCACAAUGGGUUGACCGGGUUAGACUUCGUGAGUGAGAGUUUCUGCGUAAAUGGUGUGAUUGAGGGUGUGGGUAAUGUGCAGCUGUGUCCAGAGGAUGAGGAAGGGACUGUCUAUCACGCUAGUAACACAACUACGACAGUCACUGUAAACUCCUCCAGUUUGGAGACUGAAAGUCCUUGGCUUUCCACGACCCAGAAGUCUUGGGUUAAUGGAGAGUUGGGUAAAACGGUUGGCGAGGCAGGGAGGAUGUUUGGCGAAGCUGGUAGAGCAUUUAGCGAGGCCUGCGUGGCGGUGAGGGAGGCGGGAACAGCAAAAGAAAAGGAGGAAGAAGGAAUGCAGGCGGAUAGGGUUUCAAGUGAUGUUAACGCCAGUGCUGCGGCGGGAGAGAGACACUCGGCAUCAUCGGAGAGCUCCAUUAGUGAAGCCUCCGACAGCGAGCUCUCUGGCCCUGAGCACCUCUGGGGCGGCCACGGCGACACCUCCCAAACCCUUCAGGAGGAAUAUUACCACGAUGAGAACGCCCUCUACCAGCCUGACCUGGAGAACGAGGAUCCCAGCCAGAUCAAUCUCCUGGGCUCAGUGUUUGAUAUCAAGGACUCCAAGGUACACAUUGGUCCCCUCUACGACAUGUCACACGCCACCGUGACCUCACCAAUUCCAGGGGUGGACAUGAAACAAACAUCAGCGGACCUGGUGAGCCAUCGGUGGGAAGAAAAGGCGCCGAAGAAGGGCCCCGGGACACUGUGUAUCAACCUAGCGGCUCCACCCCUCCACCCUGAGGUACACCAGCCACACAGUCCUCUCCUCUACACGCAGUCAGCACCAGAUAAGAAGUCUGCGCCUCUUGUGACUGGUGCUGGUCGUCCAGGGUGUCGUGUCGGACAGCACCCGCCAUUAACCUCCACUGCUGCUGCACCACAGACACCCCUGGGCUUGCCACCCAUGAGUGGCGUGCCUCUCACCCCAGGGACCUUCAAUAUCGCUGGGGAAGGAAGUGUUGUCAUCGGUACCCAGAUUAUAUACACUCACUCCAGCUGUGAAAAGCAUCCGCUGGAGUCCGUUCCUCCACCAGUGGACUCCACCUCCACAGCUACAACCACUACCAUCACCUCCUCCAGUCACCACCACCAGAGGGAGGAGCUGGAGUCUCUACUGACGGAGGUGAGAGACAAGCUCUCCACAGUGUACAUCCGUCAGACCAAGACCUCGUUCUUGCCCUGGCUCCGGGGCCGCCAGGUCAUUCCCAUGACGGAGUUCUACACCGAGUCUCGCAUCCUAGCAGUCGACAAGCAAGGCAGGCAGACCAGCCAGAGCGUGAACUUAGUGAGGGAUCUGGUGCAGGAGGAAGAGACUCGGUUCUUGGUGGAAGGGGAGCCGGGGAUGGGCAAGACCCUUCUAGCCCUGAAACUAGCCAUCGACUGGGCCAAGAAGACCAGCCUUCAAGAGUUCAAGUUUGUGUUUCUCAUCUUCCUUCGUGACUUCAAGGGCAACCUGGAGCAGUACGUCAGGGAGGAACUGCUACCGUCUCACUUCGAGGACAAACUGAAGCAGGUGUGGGAGUAUUGCAAGAAGCAUGAGGAGCAAGUUCUGUUUAUCCUCGACGGCUACGACGAACUGGAGAAGACUGAUGCUGGAGAGAUACAUAAACUCCUGGGCAACCGGGAUUUCCAAAACAGCAAGGUGGUGGUUACCGCCCGUCCAGACGUCCUGAAGACCAUCGCUCAAAGGUCCAUCGUUAAGGGCUUCAACGAGGCUCAGAUGUUUGAGUUCGUGACCAAGUACUUCAAGCUAGUGAACGAGGAGGAGUGCGGCAGGAACCUGAAGAGAAUUAUUGAGAAAGAUUACAAGUACAGGAAACUGGCCAAACGUCCCCUGUUCUGUGUGUUGCUGUGCAUGUUGUACGGCUCGGACAGGGUAGCCAAGCUGCCGGAGAAACUCGCUGAUAUGAUGUUUAAGAUUAUGUUGUGUCUCAUUAAGUGGAAUAUAAAAAAAGAGGGCAAUGUGGACGAGAACACUGAAAAUUUUCCUCCAGAGUAUGCGGAUCUGUUUCUUAGUUUCGGCAAGUUGUGUUUACAGGCUUUGAAGACAGAAAAGACUCGCUUUAGUGAGAAAGAGAUUAAGGAAAUUGAGAAUUAUCCCAUGUUAUUAAAGCUAGGAUUUUUGUCCAAUGACAGUGAGAAUGACGUUCUAGGAUACAAGAAGUUCUAUAAGCCAGUUCAUAAGAUCUUCUUAGAGUACGUGGCAGGUUUAUACAUGGCCAAUCAUAUAGAACGAGACAAGAGUGAGUGUCGCGAAUGUCGAGAAUUUUCUAAGGUGUAUCGUCAUGAACACGUCCUCAAGUUUGUCGUUGGCAUCCUGGGGAAGAAAGCCCAUCUAGCCCUGGAUGGCAGAAAGCACCAGGUAUUCCUACAGAUGAAGGACCAGGAACUGCUGAUGCUACUGCGGGAGACCGAACCCACCAGGGAGAACUGCCGGGCUGUCGCCAAGCUGCUGGACCGCCGCAACGCCAUCGUCCACACCAGCGAUGUGGACUUCGAGGGCUGGAGUUUCAUCCUUGCUCAAAACUUCAAGAAACUCAAGUCCCUGGAGAUUGUGUGGCGGAUCAAGAGCACCAAUCCUGACCAGGAGAGCUCCUUCAAUGAAGCGACUCCCCAGCUCUACACUGCCUUCUUCAGCGCCCUCAGAUCCAACACCAGCAUCACUAAGAUCAGCAUCAGAGCCACACAAGAUGGAGAACCAUUCUCAAACGAAAAGAUCGAACUCUUCUUCUCCCACUUGCAGGGGAUACUGACCAAGGAGAACUUGAGAGAGCUUGAGAUAAAAGAACUGAAAAUGAAAGUCUCCAGCCAUUUAAGAAAAGCCAUUGAGGGGGCGACGUGUCAUAUGGAAAAGAAGGGCAUGGAGACACUGGAGGUCUUACGUCUGGAUAUGGAGAUGCAAGAUGAUGACUUGGAGGUUUUGUGCAAGAGACUGGGCAGGUGUGCACCCAACCUGGCUGAGCUCCAGCUCACGGGCCUCAUCCACGGUGCAGCUGGCUUCGACAGCCUCGUUGAUCUUCUUAAGAAGAAUAAGAAUCUCCACAAACUUUGCAUAUCGAUGAACAAGGCCCAGCUGAUGGACCAGAGUGGGGCGUUCAUGAGCAAGACUCACCUUACCCCAUCAGACAUGCACACGGGACAGGUCCAUAUGGCCCGCCAGGCCACGAAGGAAAGCAGAGACGCCUUCCAGAGGCAGCAGGAGCCUGAGCAGAGGAGCCAAAGAGCAGGAACUCUCCUGGAUCCCAAGAAAGAGCUCCAGUACCUGUUCCAGGACCCACUACACACAGGUGUCAAACACAAGUACGAGGCCAGGGGUUUCUUCUUCAUUAACGGAGACGGGGAGCAGCUACCAUUACCACUGUGUAUGCGUGGUGGUCAACAUAAAUCGAUGUUCCACAAGCUUUUCUCUGCCCUCCCUGACACCAGUGUCAGGUACCUGGCACUAGACUACCCUUGUCUUUAUCUCAACACCUCCGACCUGGCCUGCCUGGGCGAUGCCAUAAGGAGAGCCAAGCACCUGACGUCUCUCAGACUCCUGGGGCUUAAGCAGAUCAAACAAUACAUGCCAGUGUUACUGGGUUUAGGUCAAUCACAGUCACUUAAGACGGUGAAGCUGGACUCCCACAAUGUUGUGGUCAAGGAUAGCUUCCAGUUAUUGUGUACUGCCUUACGUCACAACACUACCCUCCAGUCACUCUCCCUCGCUCACUGGGAGUUCACCCUCCAGGAUAAGGCUCUAGCCUCAUUCUACUUCAAGGACCUACUGAGCUUUUGGAAAGUCGUCGACCUCAACUUAUCCAGCUGCAUUGUGGACGUAGGUGCUGGUAUGUCCACCUCACCUACCCUCUUCCCACCUAUCCUCCUGCCCAUCCACGGACCUAUCCAGCACUGGUCGAGCGUCAAGACUCUUAGGCUAUCAGAGGUCAAACUGAAGGAACAGCCUGGGUUUAUAAGACGCAGUAACCUCCUCUUGUCUAUCCUCAGGAACUGUCCCAACCUGACCAGCCUAGACUUGUCGUCGUCCCACACUCAGGCGACAAUUCUAGACGACAACGCAGCCUGUAAAUUCUUCGAGUUACUGGGCACCAACUUCAGAAAACUGCGAGAACUUAGUUUAGGCAACUGGGAGUUUCGUCUGGAGCACUACGAGAAAACCUGUGCCCAGAUCGGCAACACAGUGCGCUCCUGCGGGGAACUCAGAGUACUGAUGCUGGAUAAAGUCUGCGAAGUGCGCUGCGGGUUGUCCCACCUGCCGCCCUGCAGUGCCACCUUCCUGCACCAGCUGGUGAGUAGUCUGCCACGUCUGGCUGAGCUAUCUCUCUGCUACUACCGCAUCGACCACCAGGAACUUGAUCGAGACACAGCUAAGAGUCUCGGGGCGUGCUUCCACGACCACUGGUCCUCAGGGGCGAAGUUUAAGCUGAAGUUCUUCGGACUGCCCUCCGGGGUGGAGACAGCACUGCACGAGGAGCUGAAGAAGGAAGGCGUGUCUGUGGUAGUGAGCCAGGGAUAUCCUCUGGUCUUUACUGUCAAAAGAGGAUACUUCAUGAGAACGUGAAGAUUUCGGGCAGCAGUUUCGUAUCGUGCACACUAAGAGAGUUGCAUUUUCCUGCGAAAACAUCGGCAAAUUUAACCCAUUUUUACUGUGAGAUAUAUAUAUAUAUAUAUAUA